ACGUCUUACGCAUACGACCCGGCUUACGACUCGUGGACUUGUGGACCCUGUGUACAACGAUUACUGUGAUUGAUAUUGAACGGCGUUGAUAUCAUCUCUCAUCAACUCUUCUUCGCCAACCUUUGGACGGUAUCUAUCUGUCGCCUUUAGUAAACAUCGACUCAACAACGAUGUCACACCCAAUGAACCUUUCCGCAUACCUCGCCGCACCAUCCAUGUCUUCACCAAUGGCCCGCGAAACAUCUCAAAUCAACAACGGCAUCGACUCCUACCCCUCGACUCCAUCCCUUUCUCUGGCGUCUUCGCGCUCCUCCUCAUUCUCCCUCGAGGCUGGAAACAACUUGGCGACUGUGGGAGCAGGCGCAGGGAUGUGCACACCCAUGGAGCGACAAUGUCCCGCGACCUCACCAAUGAGCGAUUACUUCUCCUCCUUCUACUUUGCCGAGAACAACCUCGCCCCGACUACCUUCGCCUGCUCGAUGCCGAUCGCCGAGGAGUGUGAGGAGUUCGAUUUCCUUGAUCUCGAGUUGGAGGGGAUUGCCGUUAAGAGGGUUGCGUCGCCGACACAUACCCCCACUCUUCGGGCUCUUCCUCUUGCGCCUUCAUCCGUCAUGCCUGUGGCUACGACUGUGCGUCGUACCCCAUCUACCUCCUCUGUUGAUGCGAGAAAGGGUGUAAACAUGGCCGCGGUGAACGGGAAGUUGUCAAGACCGUCUAUGGUCCGCUUCAACACCUACGAAAAGAUCAUCUACUGAUUUCACUUCUCGGCCAUUUUUUUUGUUACUGCUUGUGGGGAUGUUUUUAUUGAGUGAGCGGGAAAAGGGGAUGAAUGCCCACACAAGUCAUACCGAGCGAUGUUUUAUCUAUUCCGGAGGGUCGGUAUGAGCGUAUCUAUGCUGGGACUUCUUCAGCAUGCAAACGAUGUUUGUGAUGUGCUGUCGAUGCUUCUUGGCGAUCUGCGAUUAAGGGAAUGAGAAAUUGGUGUUUACGGCGUUAUUUAUUCUCGGGAUCUUUUUCGGUGGAGAUUCCUAAUUUGCAUGGCAUGGGUCUGCGGUCUACUUCAUUGGCCGUCGUACUAUACGAGCGUCUCUAUAUUGUUCUUUGUUAUUAGCUGGUCUGUUUGUUUUCUGAACUUUGCGGUGUGGACGAUGGGAUAUCGAUGAGGAGGAAUGAGGAGGGGAGGGGAUGGGGGA